ACCGCCAUUUUGCUGCUACGCUACUUUCUUGUUGGCGCGUUCUUGUGAUUUUAGCCGUUCAUUAUUUUGAAACGCAAGAAAUAUUCUCCAAAAAUGAGUUACGGAAGGCCGCCGCCACGUAUCGAUGGCAUGGUUUCCCUCAAGGUGGACAAUUUAACAUAUCGUACAACUCCUGAAGAUUUACGAAGAGUUUUCGAAAGGUGUGGUGAAGUGGGCGAUAUAUACAUCCCAAGGGAUAGAUUUACCAGAGAAAGUAGAGGAUUCGCUUUCGUAAGGUUCUACGAUAAAAGGGACGCCGAAGAUGCGUUAGACGCCAUGGAUGGAAGGAUGUUGGAUGGUAGGGAACUCAGAGUACAAAUGGCUAGAUAUGGAAGGCCUACUUCCCCGCAUCGUAGAUUUAGAGGACGAAGGAGGUCUCGUGGAAGGAGAAGUCGUUCUAGGUCCAGAGGACGUCGGUCUGCUAGUAGGAGUCGCUCCAGGUCAGACAGCAAGAGUUCAAGAGGAAGAUCCCGAUCGAGGUCUAGAGACAAUGAUAGGAAGCCAGCAGCUAGUAGAUCAAGGUCACGUUCCAGGUCUUAGUUUGACGCUGACGUUUUAAUGGCUGAAUGCUGUUAAAAUCAGCAGGCGCAGAGAAUGGUGCAGUUUGUGCUGAGUAAAUGCAGUUUAUUGGCGAUUUGGCGCAGUUCAGAGAGCGGUGUUUGGUGGUUGGUGGCAGAGGCGCAGAGUUAAAGCCGAGCCGAGUGUUAGCAGUUUUAACACCCGUGCAGACUAGCAGCGCAGCCCUGCCGCCCCGGGGAGCCGUUUUUCGGGGGAAUUCCUGCGCGAUCGUUGGACGAAAAACGUGUUCAGGGUGCACAAAGCUAACCUUAAACGGUUGCGCCAUGACACUUCACCUAUCAUUCGACUUUCAUGUCAAUAAGUCCGCUUGAACAAGCAGCUACAAAGAUAUUUUCUUACGAAAUGUCCGAUAUCUAACCAAAACUCCAUUGGGGGAUUUGCAAACAACCUAUUGCGAGAUUGGUUUGACAAAUCGGCAUGUUUUGAUUUCAUCGAUCUUUGACCACCAAAAGCAUGCGUUUAUGUGCACGCUUGAGGUGUAGCUCGCUACGAUCCCGAACUGCGAAGCAAGCGAAAAUCUAUUUUAGGGAUCUGUUCCUGUUCAUCUGCGCUUACUCUGUAUAGCUGCGAGCCGUUCAGAACUCAACUGCGGACGUCGAUAUUGUACGUGAGCAAAACGGGAAGUAUUAAAGACUAGUAGGCCAUAUCUGCUUUUUUGGGCCCAAUUUUCUCAAAAAACCAUAAUGAAAUGAAUCGCAUAAAUAUCGAGGUCAAAAACUUUCUUCUAACCUUUCUAUAUUCUAUUCUAAAUCUUUGUUCUAUGAUUCGAAGCAGUACUACCUACCCACUCCUGUUUGAGAUGACCUCACUUUCGUCAAAUAGACGUGUAUUUAUUUAAAUUUCCGUUCGGUAAACGUCAGAAAUCUCAAUUUUCUCGGGUAUUUUUUGGUAAUUUGCGAUAUGGGUCCAGAGUCGAGAGUAUUACCUUGACACGGCCUAAUUAUGCAACUGGAUUGGUUUCUUUAACGGCAGCGGCUUAAUCAAGUGGAGCGAACCGUCUAUAUCAGCUAUAAUUUUCUCCCCUUGCGUCCUACAUCGAUCAAGACGAUGACUAUGGACUAAAGAAUAAAUACACAUUUGAAACAAAUUAACUUCCUGAGCAAAAUUCUAUGCAAAAGAUAAUUUGUUCCUCUGUGUUAUAAGCAACAUUAAGCAAUGAUUCGAUUACCCUAUUCUAAACAGCAAAGAAAAUCUCAACAUGUACAGGGUCGGCAGAAUUGGAUGGGGUUGAAUGGCAGCUCUGUUAGGGAAAGAGCUAGGGAAAGAUGCAUAAUAACCGCAUCUUCUUUUGUAUUCAAGCUAAGGUGAAAACCCAUUUUUUGGCACUUGGAAUUGUUGCUUCUAUUGCGUAGUUUCAGGUUGUCGAAAAACUAAUGUUGCAUUCUAUAGACACUUCUUCAUGUAUACAAUGCAGAGGCGCAGUUAAGGUUUUCAGUCUGCCACUUCAGUGACAUAGUGACUUGUAUUUUUUCAAAUAUAAACCUUUUGUAAUGUU